ACUCUCAACCUCUUUACUUCACGAAGUUGUGACUUGUGUGAUCCUCCAUCAGCUGAUAAAACUAGCAGCUGAAGCAAAUGUUGUGUAUACAUUCUCUCGUUUUCGCGGCACUUGAAAGUCAUGAUGGCUCUUUCCAGGACAUUGGGAUGGUCCAAGACGCUAAGCACCCUCCGCCCGGCUGUGAGAUUUGGUGCUCGAGCCUUUUCCACACCCAUGGACCCCGCCGAAGGCGGAUCUCCUGGCAUGGAUGAGAAUAGCCGCGCCAUCGAAAAGUCCAUUAACAGUGUCACUUUGCUUGGACGAGUGGGGGUCAAUCCUCAAUUGAGAGGAACAGAAAAUCAUCCGGUGGUCACAUUCUCUUUGGCCACCAAUGUCCGUUACAAGAGCACCAAACCCGACACUCAAGAAGAGACGUGGCAAGUCAAGACCGAUUGGCACAACAUCGCUGUCUAUCGACCUUAUCUACGCACAACCAUCCACGAGAAUGUGACCAAAGGCCAACGGGUCUUGGUCCAAGGUCGAAUCAUUUACGGUUCGAUUGAGGAUAAUAUGGGCAACACGAGACACACGACCACCAUUGUAGCCGAUGAUGUGAUUCGAUUUGCUUGAUGCCCAAUCCCAUGAUGAAAUAUCUUGUACCUUUUACUUAUUUGUACCGUAAUAAUUGAUCGACCCGUGUCUCCGUAACUUGAUUGAAACGUGGGUUUGUGGGAUUGGUUUGAAAUAUACAAGUGGUUGAUAGACUCGUA